GAUUUGUACCAAUGGGCUGAUCAGCUUUGGAAGACGCUACUGCAGCUACAUACCUGUGCCUUUCCGUACCGGAGGCAGCACGCCUGUGAUUGCUCCGUUCUGGGCGGACCAUGACCUGAGGGAGCGCUACGGCCAAUCCAACGUGUUCUACCAAGAGUACAAGGGCAAGGUUGUGCGGCUGCCUGCCAACAACGGAGGCGGAAGAGGCAAUAACGUCGCCAUCCUUGCAGCUAACGUGGUGACGCGCGUGGUUAGUGACGUCACAGCAUACGGUGGUCUGACAGGUGGCGACUUUGACCCGUCCUGGAUCGCCGUUAUAACUUGGGCCAACAUGACGGCAUACCCGAGCACUAGCAACCCUCAUGAGACUGUAACGCAUCAGCUCGUUCUUGCCACUGACGGAGUGAAGUCGUUCGCCAUCUUCAACUAUGGCGCGAUGAACUGGCAGCAGACAUGGCGGGACGCGCGUAGCGGCUACACGGCAGCUGACAGUGUCAACUUCUUUGACUCCAAGUAUUCUGGGAUUCCAGAGAUCUUCAAUAUCAACGACUUCGAUGGGAACACCGGUAUCCGCGGCAAGUGGUUCUUCCGGCUGGACGUAUCGGCAGAAGGAGACGUGAACUACGACCAGCUGUGUCUUGGGUGGGCAAGUCUCCAGGACGAAGCCCUGUUGGUGAACUACACAUUGGACAGCCAGCCGUGUCCGUGCUCGUGGACACAGGCCACACGGGAUAGACGGUUCCGAACAUACUGGGACGACAUGUGUGUUGAACUUCGCUGGACAUCACCACUAGGAAUAGGCCAGAGAUGCUGUUACAGCGACAUAGAGGACGACCCAGAAGAUUCAGGCGCCCUUCUGCUCGGCUUUCCCGGAGGAGGGUCCCUGAGUCUGUUCGACCCUAGAGUAGACCCCGAACAGUACCGGGCCCAGGACGUCCUCCCCAGGUCCUACUGCUGCUUCCUGUCCCGGAACUGUGACCUGUACUACCGCUACCGCCCGUCCGACACCUGCGAACGAUACGACCCGCCGAGAUGGGCCAUUGGAUUGGGAGACCCUCACCUGACAACCCUGGACGGAAAGAGCUACACAUUCAACGGACUGGGGGAGUACCUGGUGCUCGGUGUCCCAGACGCCAUGUUAGUGGUGCAGGGCCGAACUAGAAAAGCGGUGGACGUGAAUGGCACGGCGACAAAGGCGACUAUUUUCAGUGCCUUUGUAGCCAAGCAGGGCGAAUCGUCGACAGUUCAAAUGAAUCUCAAAGACGAUGCAUCAGGAAUAGACGUUUACGUGGAUGGUGAUCUGUUUAGCAAUUUUACGAAUUUUGAGGUAGGCGACGGUCAAGACUUCAACAGCGUCACGGUGUCCAAGGGAGCGAAUGGUUCCGUUGUUACAUCGUUCUCCUCAGGAAUCGCCGCUGAAGUUGCAGUAGACGUUGGGAUAAUGACCAUCACCGUGAUGGCGCCUCCAAGGUUCAAGGGCAACACUAAGGGACUUAUGGGACUGUGGAAUGUUGACGUCACUGAUGACUUCACUCGACCAGACGGAACCUCCAUUUCAAUCAACGCCUCCGACUCAGACAUUUACUAUUCCUUCGGACAACUGUGUACGUUCCGAAGGACGUUACCGAGUCAGACUUCUAUCUUUAACUAUGGAAGUCAGAGCUGGAGGGACUUUGCUAACCCGGACCCAGACUUUGUGCCGCUCCUGGAGGUACAAUUUGCCACGGAGGAACUGAGACAACAGGCUGAAGAAUUGUGUAGAGGCAACAAGGAAUGUCUGUUCGACACUGCUGCAACGGGUGAUCUUAUGACAGGGGCAGCAACUGCCAAUACAGGGGAAAGAUUCGUCCAAGAUACGUCACUAAUUGCAAACUUCCCUCCCAAAAUCUUCGGCCCAACCGUCGUCAACGCCACUACUGGAAGAGAAGUCAGCUUCGGCCUGACCGCCACAGACAUCAACAACGACACCGUCAGGUUCAGCGCACAAAAUAUCCCUGGCAACGCUGUGUUCGAUAACGCAACAGCCACUUUCUCCUGGACACCGUCGUCUCAAAUCAGCAGCUUAAACAUGAGCUUCACGGCAAGUGACGGCAAAGGAGGGACAUCUAUCCUGAGACCAACGGUCAAUCUUUGCAAGUGUGAGAACAACGGAACGUGUGACUUCGACAACUUGGCGGACGACCAGAACAUCGACUCCUUACUCCGGGUCGUCGCCUGCCUGUGCGGUCCUGGACUUGAAGGCACGUUCUGCGAGGUUGACAUUGACGGCUGUGAAGACGACCCUUGCUACAUGGGGGUGAACUGCACCGAUGUUCCGGCUCCUGGAGUUGGCUACACCUGCAGCGCAUGCCCAGAAGGCAUGGAGGGUGAUGGUGCCAAAUGUCGUGACAUAGACGAAUGUACGAACGGCACGCAUAAGUGUGGACCCAAGGCCGUGUGCAGGAACGAGCUGAGGAGCUACAGCUGUGAAUGUCCUUCCGGAUACAGACUCACCGAGAACAAGCGGAAUUGCACAGAUAUUGACGAAUGCGCCGAUGGUGUUAGUGGAUGCACGCAGCUCUGUAACAACACAGAAGGAGGAUUUAAGUGUGACUGCUAUGAUGGAUUCUUCCUGAAUGCUACCAAUAAUGUCACAUGUUAUCAAGACCAAGCAGCAAGGAAUGUCUGCGCAGUAUCUCUCUGUGAGAACUGUCGAACUGAGAAUGGCGUGGCAGUUUGCUUCUGUCCUUCUGGAUACAAACUCGCCGCAGACAACAUCACCUGUGAAGAUGUCGACGAAUGUGCUCCUGGAAACGAAGAUCUGAACAGAUGCAGUCAGAAGAAGAACUGCCAAAACACAGACGGCGGUCAUACCUGCUCUUGUGACAUCGGAUACCAGCUUCAAGAUGACCUAAGGACUUGUACAAUGUGCGCAGAAGGACGAUACGGUGUAAACUGUGCUGAAAUCUGCGGCUGCAACCGUGGUGAAUGUAACGUGACGGUGGGCUGUGUGUGUCCCGCCGGGUGGAAGGGUGCUCAGUGCGAGGUGGACGCAAACGAAUGCGAGGAUGACGACAUCUGUCCGUCGAACAGGACCUGUGAGAACAGCGUGGGGUCGUACCAAUGCGUGUGCAGCCCAGGAUUUGUUGCAGGAGAUGCUGAUACCUGCCUGGACGUAGAUGAGUGUGAUGCCGGCCAUAACUGCCACGCGUCAGCAAACUGCACCAACACCGUUGGUUCCUUCACCUGCACGUGUGGAACAGGAUACGUCGGAGACGGUGCGGUGUGCGAGCCAGCUACAACAACACCACCAACAUCAACAACAUCAAGACCAACAACAGCGGCAUCGAGACCAACAGCAACAGCAUCGAGACCAACAGCAUCAACAUCGAGACCAACAGCAUCAACAUCGAGACCAACAGCUACUGUGUCGAGACCAACAGUGUCCCAGCCAACACCGCCACAAACCUCUCCAACACCAGAAACAGCGUCUCGAACUGAUGGCACUGCUAGAGCAGCAACAACAGCUCCAGCGCAGACAACACCAUCUCCAACGGUUGCCGAAGUGUCUAUUCCAACGGAGGUCACACUGGAGCGGAACUUCACCCAGGAGCUGAACAAUAGGACACACCCUGUGUUCCAAGAGCUGGCCAGCAAAGUCAGAACUGAGGUGUCAAAAGCGUACCAGAACAAUCCGAACUUCCAGCGUGUGGUAGUCAAAGGCUUCCGAUCUGGGAGCGUCGUUGCCAGUUUGGACACGGUCUUCAAGAACAACCAAGCGGUCCCUGACCCUGUGGAGGCCGUGGCGCUUCUCAAGCGGUACAUCGACAACAACGGGGGGAAGCUGGGGGAUCUGGCCGCUAGUCAGGUUGCCUACGCGCCUCCAAACACUACUGCAGUGCCGAUCACCAACUGUAACUGCGCCGCGGAAGUCAACUGCGUCAGCUACGCAGGGAGGUGCCUGGCGUUCUGCAGUCCCAACCCGAAUUACUGCCUGAACGGUGGAACGUGCAUGGACUCAAACAGUGGAACACUCUCUUGCCAGUGUACAUCAAGUUUCAUUACGACCUACAGUGGCGAUAGAUGCGAGAGUAAAAGCACAGGUAAUGUUGUGUACGCGGCAGUUGGGGCCGUCGCCGGCUUUCUCCUUCUCCUCAUCCUCGUCCUUGUCUCCGUGAAGACCUGCAUGAAGAGCAAGAGCCAGCCGCUCUCGGAUAACACGUUGUACGCAAACCGACGUCCCGUGAACUACGCCCCGGCCGGGCUGGAACGUGGCCUGAGAAGCACGAGCGCCGCCAAGUACAGGCCGUCGGUCCACGAGUCCGGGAAUGGUGCUACUGUUGUGUACGACUUUUCUGGCAAAACCAAGCCAUCUGGACACCAUUACAACAACGUCAUCUAUGACAACGUGGGCGCUGCUCCCCGGAGUAAGCCUGACGAUGGAGCGAUCAUCUAUCACAAUCCGAUACAUCAGCAGGAGCAGCCGUACCAGUCGCUGGUUGGGCGAUAUCAGCAGCCAGCAACAACCACCUUCACCGGUCAGAAGGUUAACAAUGUCCGAGUUAACGAGUUCCAGAUACCUAGGGCAAAGUCGCCUUACGGGCCAGCGACAAGUUACUACUCAACAAAGACUGGUGACGAUUCCUACCUGUAGACCAUGACCACCCAAUGGACUUUCUAGUGGACCCGACCAUAGUCGUUUGACUAGAAUGGACUUAAGUUAAUAUAUAUAUUCCAUAUAUAUAUACGGAAACAAACAAUUGUUUGGUUUAAUGACAAUAUUUUUUUUCGUUAUUAGGCGUAGAUAACAAUGCUGGUGCCUUAAUAGGAUUAAUCCUAGUACUAUAUAAUAGCUGGUUUACAUUACGAGUAAUUUUAGAAUAAGAGCUGCUGCUUUCUUUGUGGUGUUAUCUAUUAGUAAGGAUACGUUACGUUUUAAGGAAUAUAUACUACUAAUUAAAGAGGAGGGUUCAAGCGAUUAAAUCGUCACGACAUAACGAUCAAAUAUCAGCACCUGCAUAUCAACUUGUUCAAAAGGAAAAGAAAAUUUGAAAUUCACAUAAUAUCUAACUCCAAACAUAUCAAAUGCCAGGAAGUAAUUGUAAGGUAAUUUUGAAAUCUAAAAUAUAUAUGUAAGAUAUGGUGAGCAUACACUAUUUUUGAAUGAUAAGAUUUUUAAAGGCUUAUAUAUGCAUUUUCACAAAAUGAUGUACAUGUAUGUGUAUAUUGUAUAUUAAGAAAUUGAUUAAGAAGGAACUUUAGGUAUUUUACAAGCAGACAUGUAAAGAGAGGGGACUUACAAAUCAUGUAUUUUAUAUAUCUAUGGUGUUCUAUAUACUAUACUCACUGUGUCACUUACAAUAAAUUACAAACAUAUUCACAA